AUGCGUUCUUUCGUCCUUUCCUCUCUUUUGGCCCUCACCUCAGCCCUAUCCGUCGAGGACCUCUACGUCUCCGAGGCCCCCUCGUCCCCUCGCCCCUAUAUCCUCCCUCACUAUGAGAACUCCCAUGCCGUGACGAUCGGCUCCCAACUGUACCGGUUCACAGUCACCGGCCCAUCCUCCGACUAUGCCUUCACGCUGAUGAGCACCAAUGCGCCCUCGAGCGGCUCCCUCGGUGUCCUCCCUCACAUCCACCGCACGCACUAUGAGAACUUCUUCAAUUUCAAGGGUCGCUUCCAGCUCUGGGCCCAAAAGGGCGACGGAGAACAGGAGGGCCGUCUCCUCACCCAGGGAGACUAUGGCUCUGUACCUCGGAACACAACACACACGUUCCAGAUCCUCGACCCGGAUACUGAAAUGGUGGGAGUGAUUGUUCCUGGUGGAUUCGAGGACCUCUUCUACGCCCUCGGCACCAACUACACCUCCGGCACCGAAACCCCCUACGUACCUGGCUCCAGCAACUCUUCUUCCUCCUCCGCCACCGGCCCCGACAGCAGCACCAUCUCCGGCCUGCAACAAUACGACGUCUACGCACAACUCGACUUCACUCCCCGCCGGGACUUCGUCAACGGCUCCGCUCCCUCCGACUCCGGCUGGCACACCGAAUCCGAUACCCUCGGCGCUGCGGGCCAGCCAUACUUCAUCGCCAACAACUACGGCCCCAAGUACCUCAACUCGCAGUACGGUGCGUACCAGAUCGUGCAGCCAUUGGUCACGGCCACGCAGGCCCAGGAUACAAACUAUACCCUGAGCACGAUUAUCAUGAGUCGGCAGCCGAGCAACGCGACAGCCCCGACGUGGACGGCGGGCCCGGCCGCGUUGGAGGUGCUGGAGGGUAGCGUGCAGGUGCAGAUUGGGGAGUAUGAGACUGCCAGAGUGGAGAUGGGAGAUGUGGUGUUUGUGCCUAAGGGAGUGACGUAUAAAUAUUGGAAUGAGGGGGCACAGGCCAAGGUGUUGUAUGUUUCUUCGGGAGCAGAUGGAGUGGACAGUCAGUUGAUAAAGGGGGGAAGGACAUGGGAGGAUCCGGUUUGGCCGAAGUAUUUUUAG